AACUUCAACUUGUUUCCUUGUUUGUUCUUGGUUCUACAUAGUCUUGAUUUAUAUUGAUGUGAUCUAAUCAAAAAUCCAUUUUCAAGAAAAUUCCUCGGAAAAUUCCAAUCAUGUCUUCAAAGCAAGGACAUGAAUGUUAUAUGGAUAAUAUUAAAGUUAAGAUUUCUGAAAGAUUUAAACCACCUCCUCAUAUAAAUGUAGCUGUUCCAUAUGCACAGAGACUUGCAAUUACUCAACAAAUUCAAGAAAAUAUGCCAAAUUAUGAAUUCCAUUUGGAGAGAACAGUCUUGGAUAAAAUGCGUGAAUGGAAGAGCUAUAGGAGAUCUGUGUCAGAAGAUAGAAGAUCUAGAUUAGAAAAAGCUAGAGAUCAAAUGAAAAAGGAUCUAGAAAAUACUGAGGAUCAAUUAGAAGAAGUAGAACUUAAGACUGUUACUGAGACUGGGACUACUGCUUACAGUGAUAAUAAUUUUAUUUCAAUGCCUUCAAGUAAUCCCAUAAGCACUAGUAUUAAUCAGAGUUAUUUGAGCUAUUCUACAGACAAUAAUAUUCUUGUCCCUACACAAGCUAUGAAUCAUUACUCAAAUAUCCUGACACCUAUACCUCUACAAACUCUAGGAAAUCAACCAUACACCUGCAAGCAGAAUGAUAAAAGUCCAUUCAACAUUUCUGAUUUUGAAAAUGACACUUCUAGUCCUUUUGAUAACAUGGAACUUAAAUCUAUCAAUGAUAUGGAGGAGCUAGCUCAAGUUUUGAACAAGGGCAAGAGUUUUGGUACUAAUACUCCUGUUUAUUCAAAUUAUCAACAUCAACCAGUUCAAGCUAGUAGUUCUCAGAUCCAACCAACAUAUUCUAGUUAUUUCAACAACCAGUACAGCUACAACAUUCCAAACUCAAUUUCCUACAUUCAGCCAACAACAAGUGAUUAUUCACAAAUGAAUGGUUGUUAUUAUCCACAGCAGGGCCAGCCUUUACAAUCACCAUACUUCUUUUCAAAACCUAGCACGGUGGAUCAUGUUCACACAACACCAAUUCAGUCCCCUCCUAGCAAAUCCAGCUGCAAAAGUGUCCCAGACAUUGUGAGAGCCCUGGAGAAUGAGUUGGAGCAAACUCACCUGGGCACCUCUGCUCCAAAGGAUUCCUUCAUUGCAAAUAAUCAGGGAAGCAGGCCUAAGAGUACUGAUCCUGUGUACCCCAGACCCAAGAUCAAAGGAGAUCAGUUGGACAAUCCUUUCAACUUGUUGACAAAAAAUCAACAGGAUGUGUGCAAGGCAAUCAGCUCCAUGGGGUUUCCACUUUCCAGGGUAGCCAGGGCUUGUAGGAUAUUUUUGGAUGACCAGAAAAAGAUUGUGGAACAUCUUUUGGCUCUAACGGAUUUAUUAGAUUUAGGAUUCUCAGAAAACGACGUCUCAAGUGUGCUAAUUCAGUGUGACAAUGACAGAGACAAGGCUUUAGAUAAGUUGAUAUCAUAAAAUCCUCCUUUUAUGGCUGUGCUCUUUCAUAAUUUUUGUGCAGGAGAUGUGGUGUAAUUAAUUUAUAUUUAUUUAUUUGUAAAUCAAAUCUCAUUUGUAUCCAAUAUUCCUGUUUAAUUUCAAUACCUUUUUUGGCAACUGUGGCUGGAAAAGUGAGAAAAAAAAACAUACCAUCACAAUAUAAUCAUAUAUUUAUCACUUUGAUGAAAAAAUUAUACAUUAAUAUUGCAGCUUUAAGAAUUAAUAAUAUAAUUCAGUAGGAAAAUAUAUUUACUAUUCAAUUUUU